GGCGGGGCUUGUAUUGGAGCCGGCUGAGCUGUAUACUUCGGAGGAGCUGAGUGAGCAGGAGAGCGGCUGGGACGAAGCCUGAGCACCAUGGCUGCCCAGAGAGCCAGUACGUCAUCUCUUCUAUGCUGCCUGGUUGUGUCUGCCUUGUUAUUCAUGUCAGCAGUAGCUGAGGACCAUGUACACCCCCAUGUAGAAGAGGGGAACCAUGGGGCUCGCUUUGGAAAGAGCGUAGUGCAAGACAAAGACCACAUCAUGGACCAUUUAGAUGGAGUCAUUGAGAAACCAGAGGCAGAAAUGUCACCCCAAGAGCUGCAGCUUCAUUACUUCAAGAUGCACGACUAUGAUGGCAAUAACCUACUGGAUGGGCUGGAGUUGGCAACUGCAAUUUCCCAUGUACAUAAGUCUACCGAAGAACCAACUCAGGCGAUGAAGGAGGAAGAUCUAAUCAGUUUAAUCGACGACGUUUUAAGGGAUGAUGAUAAAAAUAAUGAUGGCUAUAUUGACUAUGCUGAGUUUGCCAGAUCACUGGAAUAGAAACUGUGAAUUUCGCUUUUUGUUUUUGUAUCAAAUGUGAGUUUGUCCGUACCACUGCUGUCCAUAUGGGCUUCAGUCAUUUAGAUGUGUCGGCAUUCAGCAUCUACUGUAUAUGUUUAAUGUAUGUUUGUUUGCUGAAUGCCAAGUGACAAGGUAAAUGUUUAUUUUUGUGUUAUAUUUUGUGAUAUUUAUGUAUAAUGCCAUGCAAGUCCCCCCAACCCCUCCCACCUGGCUCCUAUAGGGCCUGCUUGGCACCUCAUUAUUUUUUAAACAUUUUUCCCUUCCAUUGGGGCUAUAGGCAUAAACUUCAAAUCCAAAAUACAAUACCUAAAAGGAACUAUAUAUAUUUAUUUUAAAUGCUCAAUUCAUAGCCAUUAUUAGUGUAAUAGCUUUAGGAGCUGAUUAAAAAAAAGGCACUGACUAUACACAAGUAACAUUAUAAUGAAUAUUUCACUUUUAUGAUAUACAAGUUCAUAUUUGUUCCAUUAGUUCUACUGCACUGUAACAAUUGUAAGGAAUUUUCAGCUUUGUUCAGGGAUAUCAUUUAUAUAAUAUAUAUACCUGUGUAUAUAUAUAUAUAUAUAUAUAUAUAUAUAUAUAUAUCAUUUUCACCCCCUUCAAAAUAUAAUUUUGACCUGCAUAAAUGCAACCUGCAAGUACAGGUAUGGGACCCAUUAUCCAGAAUGCUUGGGACCUGGAGUUUUAUUAUGUCUACUAAAAAAUUUAAACAUUAAAUAAACCCAGUAGGAUUGUUUUGCUUCCAAUAAGGAUUAAUUGUAUUAGUUGGUAUCAAGUACAGGUACUGUUUUAUUAUUACAGAGAAAAGGGAAUCAUUUAACCAUUAAAUAAACCCAAUAGGGCUGUUCUGCCCCAAUAAGGGGUAAUUAUAUCUUAGUUGGGAUCAAGUACAGGUACUGUUUUAUUAUUACAGAGAAAAGGGAAUCAUUUAACCAUUAAAUAAACCCAAUAGGGCUGUUCUGCCCCCAAUAAGGAUUAAUUAUAUCUUAGUUGGGAUCAAGUACAGGUACUGUUUUAUUAUUACAGAGAAAAGGGAAUCAUUUAACCUUUAAAUAAACCCAAUAGGGCUGUUCUGCCCCCAAUAAGGGGUAAUUAUAUCUUAGUUGGGAUCAAGUACAGGUACUGUUUUAUUAUUACAGAGAAAAGGGAAUCAUUUAACCAUUAAAUAAACCCAAUAGGGCUGUUUUGCCCCCAAUAGGGGGUAAUUAUAUCUUAGUUGGGAUCAAGUACAGGUACUGUUUUAUUAUUACAGAGAAAAGGGAAUCAUUUAACCAUUAAAUAAACCCAAUAGGACUGUUCUGCCCCCAAUAGGGGGUAAUUAUAUCUUAGUUGGGAUCAAGUUCAAGCUACAGUUUUAUUAUUACAGAGAAAAAGGAAAUCAUUUUUAAAAAUUAGAAUUAUAUGCUUAUAAUGGAGUCUAUGGGUGAUGGCCUUCCUGUAAUUUGGAACUUUCUGGAUAAUGGGUUUCCGGAUAACGGAUCCCAUACCUGUACCUUCAAUGUGUCACUAAACCCCUUUUGGAUUUUAUUUUAUCCUUAUGGUCAGAGGGAAUUUUAUUCAAUAUAAAUUUUCAACUUUCUUUCUAGGGAGAACCCGACACAAAAGGACCCCCCCACCUAUGAAUGUUUACACACAGUCAUCCCAAAGGUCUUAAAAGGGAAAUGCCAUUACUGUAAAAAAAAAGCCCCAGUCUUAGUGGCAAAGAUCUGUUAUUUGCAAAGUAAUACAAUUAGGAUUUACUGCUGGAUUGAGACACUAAUGAAUUAGUUUUAUUGCCACCUAUAACGGCUGUAUUGUAGCAGGAGGGGUCCUCUGGUGUCUUGUUCCAGACUUUGUAGUUUCUAUUUAGGGAAGGUUCUGUUUCCUGCCCCAUUGUUCUCAGUAUUAUAUUGACGGAUUUACAUGAUCUUCUAUUAAAGGGCCACUAAAACGAAAAUACCAGUUGCUCCUAAAAAAAUGUAAGAAAGGACUAAAGGGGUCAUUUAUGAUUAGCGGGACAGGUGCAGAGUGCAACAAUAUGGGAACACUAUGCACCCUACCUCAUGGCAGUUGCCUAUGAGCCGAGGUAUUUGUUCUCCAGAAUGGAGUGCUUCGCUUUCUACGUGACUACAGUACUGUAUUUAUGGGAGGUACAUAGGUGUCCUAGUGCCAUGUUGCCUAACACUUGUGCCAUAUGCCUGGCAGAACAUAAGAACACCGUAGGCCAGAGCGCAAACUGGUAUUCAGUUGCUCUAGGGUUUGAGUAGCCCAUGGGCAGUUGUAUGUUAUAGGAUUUGGCCACACAGGCAGCAGUGUCAGAACUAGGGGUAGGCAGAAGAGGCACCUUUCUGGCGCACAAUGAGGGGGGUUGCUAAGCAGGUACCUCUGUUGUCCUUUCUGGAGCUUGCCAUAUCACACAGACCCCCCCCUGGGAGGAUGAGGGUGAGGUGGCUGGCCAGGUUGCCUAGGGCACCCUAGGCAAUCUGGCUGGCUUGGCAGGUGGAGAGAAGCGGGAAAUAGGGGUAGGCAGAAGAUACAUAUGCCUAGGGCCCAGUAGUGGGGGGGGCCCAGGUAUUGUACCUCUUCUUUAACCCACCCCUAGUCCUGGGCCUUGUCCCCCCACUUGUCAUUUACUUUUCCAGAUUGCCUAGGGUGCCCAGCCUGCUUGGCCCGACACUUGCCCUAAGUAUUUCUGAGGAAACAACACCAGCCCAUUACUUUAAACUAGAUAGAAUUAUACAUUCUGCUGGCCUCCACUAGGACUCUUAAGAGGUUAUCAGUCAGGAGAUUCCUCGAUUCCUUCCCCACUAUCCAUUCAUUUUGCCAUGGGCCAGAUGACUGGAUCAGUGCAAUACUCUUAAAUAUUGCCAUAUAAAUACAUUUUGUAUCUGACCUUUAGUGGCUCUUUAACCCACUGCAAGCAUUUAUCUCAGUGGGGACCCUGCUAACUACUGUACAUAAUGAUUAUGUAAAUCCAUCAUGUAAACGUAAGUGUUAGACUAGACUAGAUAGUAUUAUUAUUGAUCGUAUAGUUCCUUGCAAACUGUGAUGUCAUUAUUUGAUACCUGUACGGCUGCCUGUUGGGGACAUGCUCACUGAGUGUGAUUAUCUUAUGUUCACUGUUCAAAUGUCUGGGUUUAUCUACUGUUCCCUGAAAGAAAACACCUUGUUUAACAGACUGAUUCAGUGCCUUUUUAUAUGCAGAGCAACAUUUUGAUACAGUGGUUGUGUUGAAUGAGAAUUAAAUGAUGCCUUUAAUUAAAAA